CAUCAAUACAUCUUACUUCUGAGCAGCAAACUGAGAUUGCAAGCCAUGGCUUCAUUCAUGAGUCUGCGGUCACCAUAUUCACUCUCUCUGGCUUUUCUUCUUCUCUUUAUUCUGGUCCUCUACUGCUCUCCCUUAAACCAAAACCGAGUUUUAAAUCUCAAAGUUUCUUCACCCACCACCACCACCGCUUUUGCUCACCAUAACACUACUGGCCAAUAUGUUGCCCCAACGAUGGCUCCGGCUCCGGCUACGGCUCAAAUGCAACAAAACUACACGCCUCUCUCAAAUUCCGGAACGCAUAUUGUCAAAAAAAAGAAGAGUAGUGCGCAGAGGAUUGAAGAAGACUUGGCUAGAGCAAGAGCGGCUAUACGAAAAGCCAUUGUAACAAAGAAUUAUACAUCUGAUAGAGAGGAGGUUUACAUUCCUAGAGGAUGUAUUUACAGAAACCCUUAUGCGUUUCAUCAGAGCCAUAUAGAGAUGGUAAAGAGAUUCAAGAUAUGGACCUACAAGGAAGGAGAUCUACCCAUGGCCCACAAUGGCCCAACGACAUACAUCUACUCCAUUGAGGGACAGUUUAUAUUUGAGAUGGAAAGUGGGCUAAGCCCAUUUAUGGCCCAGCAUCCUGAUGAGGCCCAUGCAUUCUUCCUACCGUUAAGCAUCUCCAAGAUCACUGAUUAUCAGUACAGGCCCCACCACGAGACCUUUUUCCACCGAGUGGUCCGUGUGUUCGCUGAUUAUGUUUAUGUCGUGGCAAAUAAAUAUCCAUACUGGAAUCGGACGAGAGGAGCCGAUCAUUUCUUUGUCUCCUGCCACGAUUGGGCGUCACUCAUCACACGUGAUAAACACCAAGAUCUCUAUAAGAACUUCAUGAAAGUUCUAUGCAAUGCCAAUACUUCAGAAGGAUUUAAGCCUACGAGAGACGUCUCAAUACCAGAAUAUAAUCUAAGAGCUUUCGAUCUCGGACCACCCCGGUUCGGCCAACCUCCUGAUAAGCGGCCCAUCCUCGCUUUCUUUGCCGGCGCAGCCCAUGGAGACAUAAGGAGCGUAUUGUUCGAGAACUGGAAGGAAAAAGACGAUGAAAUUCGAGUCUAUGAACAUCUCCCAAAGAAAUUCAACUACCAUCAACUAAUGGGACAAAGCAAGUUUUGCUUGUGCCCCAGUGGGUCAGAAGUUGCGAGUCCUCGAAUGGUCGAGUCCAUGUAUCAAGGGUGUGUCCCGGUCCUCAUUUCCGAUUACUACGCAAUACCAUUUGAUGACAUUUUCAAUUGGAACAAGUUUUCUAUACAGAUCCCGCCCAAGAAGAUACCGGAAAUCAAGGCAAUAUUGCAAGCGGUUUCGCACAAGAAGUACUUGACAUUACAAAAGAGAGUGAGAAAAGUGAGUCAACAUUUUGAGCUCAACAGACCGGCUAAGCCACUUGAUAUAUUUCACAUGAUACUUCACUCCAUAUGGCUUAGAAGACUCAAUUUUAGACUCCCAUUUUAGUUUGUCCGUGUAUACAUGGAUCUAUAUUCGUCUUCUUUGGACUAAAAACCUGAUGUUACAUUGUAAUUUAUAGAUCAUUAUGAGUAAAUUGUAAUUAUUUGAUUUACGUCC